GCUGCGGGAAAUUCCCAGAAUUCGUGUUGCCAGUUCCUUCAAACUUCGUUUGAAAACUUUUGAAGAUUGUAUUGCAGCUACUUUGAAGCGACCAAAAUACGAAAGAUCUGUGAAAUGAAAAUUUUAUGCACAAUGAAGAAAUACCUUUCUUUGUCUGUUCUUAUUAUCUCUGUAUUUGGAGCAGGGAAAACGGAAAAAGGAAAAGGCUUUGUGGAUCCUGUUGAAAGGAUCUUGGCAGAGAGAGGUCUAAAGCUGCCCCAUGAAAUGAAAAUGACUGAACGUUUAAAAACGGCUGCCAAUGAAAAUGAGAUGGACUCUGCAAGAUGUGUGGAGGCAGCUAAAGAGAUCAGAAUUUUAAAAGAUGACUUGAAUGAAUGCAGAAAGAAGAGGGGUGAAGUAUCAAAACAACUUACCAAGAAUAUUGUCAACCAGGCACUUAAAGAGGCUUCUGUGGAUACACCGUACCUCAAGCAGCUGUACAGAGCGAUAUUGCAGUCAGUUAUUCAAUCAGAACAAAAAGAAAUGUCAGUAGCAAAAGUAACUUAUAGGAUAAGUAAAGACUCGACAGAGAAGAUUGAAAAAUGCAUAUCUGAUAAAAAAGAUGCACAGCUUUGCACCAAGAUCCUGCUUAACAUUUUCUCUUCUGCCAGAUUGGAGACACCAAACAAAGUAUUUUCUGAUUUUUUAGGCAUCAUCUUAAAAAUUGACUUUUAUUAUCUACUCUAUUUCAUCAUCAUUGCUUUGAUACUUUUGGUCAUUUAUCACGCAGUGAAAAAACUGUUCUUGGCAGAACUGACUCUGCUUGGCCUUGCUCUUUUGCUCUUCACAUCCUGUUUCAUUGCAAGUGUCCCAUGGGAGUGGAUGAGAUUGUAUAAGUCAGCUAUGGCAAGAAAAACUGCAGCAAAAUUUAAUGUGCCUGAAGAAUGCUUUACAACAAAGAUGUCAUAUGGUGCCUUGAUCAAAUGGUGGCUCCGUGACACAUUUUCAUUUGCAGAAAGCUCUUGCUCCAAGUACUAUGAUUCUGUGAUUGUUGAUCCGAUAUGGGAAGUCACCCCUGGAGAGGCAGUAGCCGCAGCAGCAUCUCGCAUAUUUUUUCAACCAUUGCUGGUAUUAUCAGAGCACCUUGGGAAAAGUUUCAGAGUUCUGUUCAAGGAGAUUCCAGUGCAGUGGCAGCUUUUGGUGUUUGUCACACUUUGUGUUAUGUUUCUACUAGCCAUUGGAAUUCAAGUCUAUACUCCUGUAUUGCGAAUUGGCAGGGGUGAAAACAACGCGCCGCAGUUGGCAUACAGAGAGCAGGUCCAGGCACUGAGAAAUCAAGUGAACAACCUACAGGCCCAACUUGAAGCUAGGCCAGUUUAUCGCAACCAACUUAAUCAUCUUCAGGAUGCCCCCGCAGAAGAAAAAGCUAUAGAAGAUCUCCCUCUACAAAACAUGAUUGAGAAUAUUGUCCAAGAAGAUGAAAUAAAUGAGGAACCACAGAGACAAGCAGAAAGACAGGGACAAGCAGAAAGACAGGGACAGGCAGAAAGACAGGGACAGGCAGAAAGACAGGGACAGGCAGAAGGACAGGGACAAGCAGAAGGACAGGGACAAGCAGAAAGACAGGAACAAGCAGAAAGACAGGGACAAGCAGAAAGACAGGAACAAGCAGAAGGACAGGGACAAGCAGAAAGACAGGGACAAGCAGAAAGACAGGAACAAGCAGAAAGACAGGGACAAGCAGAAAGACAGGGACAAGCAGAAGGACAGGGACAAGCAGAAAGACAGGGACAGGCAGAAAGACAGGGACAGGCAGAAGGACAGGGACAAGCAGAAAGACAGGGACAAGCAGAAAGACAGGGACAAGCAGAAAGACAGGGACAAGCAGAAAGACAGGGACAAGCAGAAAGACAGGGACAAGCAGAAAGACAGGGACAAGCAGAAAGACAAAGAGAAGCAGUCGAGAGUGUGUAUGAGCUGCCAGCGGGACCAGUAAUUCACCAAGACACGCAUCCAAUGAUGAACGGUUUUUUUAGAGAUGGCUGAUUCUAGAGAUACAAAGGGGUUUACUGAUACAGCUGAAAAUAUUCCGAAGUGCGGGCCUAAAAACGUCAAACGGGCCACCGUCCCAUUCGAGUAGCCUCUCUAAUAGAAUACCUUGCACUUUUCAAAAAAUGCUAGUAAGUUUCUCAUAUAAUGCUAGUAAGUUUCUAUUUCAUUCCAAAUACAUUGAUAACCAACUUUUUAAAUUGAUUUAAAUUAUGUAAAAUCGAUUUUUAUCCUUUUAGACUUGAA